AUGACCCAGAGCUUCGCUUGGGACGCCGCUCUGACGCUCGUGCGGUGGCAGCGCGCCCGCCGCGGCUACGAAGGUGACGCGGAUCUGCUGCAGACUGGUGUGGCAUUGCUCCAACCCGACGACGACGGGCUGUUCGGUCCUCAAAGCGCUCUAAGCCGUGCGGAGCGCACCUUCAAUCUGCCGUGGCAACGUGUGACCUCCGAAGUACUGCAAUUUUCCGUGUUUCUGAUCACGAAAGCCAAGCGUGAUGACGCACAGCAGACACGCCAAGCAUUGCGUCUGUUGCAGCUGGCACUCAACGUCUUCUCUGCUAAAGGCGACGCACAGCUCGCGACGCUACCGCUCAAUUCGUGCAAUUUGCUGCUCUCAGCUCUGGCUGAGACGCUGGAGAAGGUCCAACAGGAUAAAAAGACGCUACAAACACUGCAGGACGUUAAGGCUGUGUUCCGGUUCCUCUUUGGGCUCUCUAAUGAGGGUACGACGGCCAGUUUCCAGAUGUAUCGUCCACCUACAAACGUGUACGCGGAUUUCCUCAAGCGUGCGCUGACUGCAGCGUUUGAGGCGCUGAAGCAGCUCGAGAAACAUGGUGAAGACGAGAGGAGGACGCAACAGCAGGAAUUGUACGUGGAUGUGGUGCAUGCUGCACUGUUCGUGUUUCAGGAGUUGCAGAAGACACAGACGAAUAAGAAGAAGGUCUUCUUGGCCGUUGCGAAGACGUCGUUACGGGACAUUAUAUCUUAUCGCCACGCUCUUGUGACGCUGAAGAAGCAGGGUGUGUCUGGCGUGGAAGCCGCGACGGCUUUGCUGGACCGUGUCGUGGAGGACGCUCUGUUCGACGCUGAACACAUUCGCCAGUAUGACGGUGCUAUGGUGCACUGCACUAUCUGGAAGAAAGAUGGUAAUAAACACGACACUGAACAGGAAGAACAGGACGACAAGAAGUCCAAGAAGCGACGGAAAGCAGGAGGAGCCAAGGCUUCGUCAGGGUUGGUGUCCUACCAGAAGAACCUCUUCGACGAGUUGCUGAGUUUGCUGUCGAAUAAAGAGGUGCAGAUGGAGGUGAAGGCUUCUGUCGGUGGAUUCCUUGAGGUGCUCGUGUGUGGUUUCGCUACUCGUAUCCGUGUGGCCGCCAACACAAAAAUUGAGGAUACCAAGACGGAUCUGAAGACAAGUCGGAAGCGCGCUGCCAUCGUCAUCGCUACCACGUCAACUACGUACUCGCCGUUCAAGUUCUGGUCUGAGUUGUGUGCAGUGGCGUAUUCAGCUUUCCAGCAGGAGACAGAGAAGAAUGAAUUCCUGCCAGUUUUGGUGACACUGUACAACGCGUUGUUCCGCGCGUUGUGUGAAUGUGAUGUGUACCGUGUGACGGAAGACACGGAGGAGCGCGAACAAUUUCAAACGAUGGAGAAAGUGCUUUCGUCUUUUCUGGAUGUGCUCACUGUCGAGCACAGUGAUGACGUUUCUGACAACGCUGAUCGAGCUUCAGAGGAGUGUGAGGCUGUGUCCAGUGCUGUGCGGUGCUCUCCCAAUCUCGUUAACGGUUGCCUCGUGCCAAUUUUCGAGUUGCUUGGUGCGCAGGCUCUCAAGAGUUAUGAAAGUGGUAGAAGUGUCCAGGUUAUCGCGGCUGCCAGCAACGCAGUGGUGGAGUUGAUUCACGCGUACGAUUCCAUGCGUCUCCUGGAUGCAUUUUUGAAGGCCGCUUUCUCGAUUCAACGGGCCCACGAAGGUUUGUACAAGUUAUUUGCACUUCCUUCUUGCGAAGCUACUCUACGCAAAGCGUUUAUGGCCUUACCGCCAGGCCAGAUAGAUGUACUGUGGAAGCUGCUUGUGGAGCAGAUCGGUUCUUUUGCAUCAGGUGACGAUGAUGUGGAAACUGGACGUGGAGUUGCAGUGGCGCGCUUGCUCUUUCAGACUUUCGUCCAAGAAAUUCACGUGGUGCCACAAAACCGCAGUAAAGUGUUGGGACUUGUAUCCUAUACGCACGAAAAGCUGCUCUCUGCGUUUGCUGACGAACUAACCCAAGUUACUGUGAUAUUCACAUCAUACCAGCGAGAGCUAUUCUGUAUUUUCGGAGAGCUGCUGAUGUUUGACUCGGUGUUAAACGCUUCCGUUCGCGAACAAACAUUUGAUCAGAUGUUUGCCAGGCUUGAAGGCGAUAGAUUUGGUUCGGUGAUGGAACAACUGCUGGAUACUGCUUCAUCAAGCACCAAAAAGAAGAAGAAGAAAGUUAGCAAGGUUACAUCUUCCGAAGUUGUACCGAGCAAUAUCAGCUCGACUCAUGGGCUUGGUGCUGCAGGAAUAGUCAAACUUUGCGUGUAUUGGUUACGCAAGAUCGGAGUGUCGAGAGAAGGGCGAGAGAAAGUGACGCAUUUGGUUGUGGAAUAUGUUAUUAACUGGAAGUGCUGGGAAGCAGUGAGCUUUCACUUGCCGGAGUUGAUGGCAAAUGCAAGCAGCGGUGACUGUAGUCGCUUUUUCCGCGAAAUUUUGAAUGGUUUUAUUAGCGAAGCGGUGUCAGGCGUACACGAUGGAUCCGCUCGGCGCAUCAUUAGCGACGCUGGGUUUUAUGAAAUCGCCAGUCUACGGAAGGUUGCACCCGAAGCUUUGGCUACCCUGGCAAAACAGUUUGUGGAUGAAGGAAAGCGUGAGUCUUUGACGAGCAUGGAGAUACCUCUUCGCUUCUUCAGCUUCUUGUUGGAACUGCCGGGCAGUUAUCUCAAGCCUGAGGAAUGUGGGGAUCUAUUGGCAGCUGCUUUAUCUCUCUACGUUGUGCUUAGAACAUUUCACAGCAAUGAUGCCCACAAGUCAGAGGCCUGCCAGACUUUGUUGACCUGGAUUCAGCUACACUUCAAGGUAGUUGGAAAGGAAUUGCAGACGCUCCCAAAACGUGUGGAACAGCUACAGAACGGAGCCAGCUUCAUUGUCUCUCAGCUUGUGACUGACAGUGCAAUCGCCGUGUCUCUCGUAGCGGAAAUAUUGGGAUACUAUUCGGAAAUUGGCUCCAAUGCUUUUGUUGGCGAAUUGCUGAGCAGCGUUUUGAGCAGCAAAACUGCAAAGAGUGAGCGCACAGAUAGUACAAGAAAACUUAAGUGCGCUGCAAUGGUGGUGGAAGCAAUAGCUGCGUACGUUGGUACCGCACCAGGUCCUUCGAAGGAGGAGAAGGAUUUUAUUGAGCGUGUCGUCGAUGCUGUCACCCACGAGAAAAUGUUCGAGUCGACCGACAGCCCCUUGUCUUUCCAGAUGCUUACUGCUCUCCUCAAGUACCAGUCUGUCAUCCACAAAGAAGCACACAACAACAAGCAGCACCCGUCGACGUCUGCCGAUGAUCGAGUGAUGUCAUUGCUGCUACAACGUAUUGGAGGUGCCUUGGCAUCUUCAAUGAAGCUGGUUGCUGAUGCCAGCGGCUCCACAAGUGAUAUUAAGCUCCGGGAAGCAGCUUGGUCGUUUUUCGCGAACUUCUGCGAAGAAUACGCUUCAUUCCGCGCGUUUGUGACUCCUCUUGAGACGUAUGGAUGUCUGCUGGCAGUGUCGCUUUCACUUGUAUCGAGCAGUGAUUGCGAUCAGAAGGCAGAGCGAGCUUUGCAAGCUGUGGUGGCCAACGCGAACAAAGAAGAAUUUCGUCUGCUGUUGUCGACGAUUGUUAAAGAACUCGUAGCACACGGAAGCAAACGGAAGAUGGGUGCACUGCGUGCGUUAUGCUUGCUGUUGGGUGGAGACCGAAAGCUCAACGCAUCAAGGCGACAACUUCUGAGUGAGCGCAAGGUAACUAUCGUCGAGGCCUUGCUCCAGAACUUUGCUAUUCAGUCGCUGCACGGCGGUGUCGACUCUAGUAACAGCACUGCUACACUGCGCGUUUGGAACCUGAAGGCCUUUGUGUUGGUUUUCUGCAAAGCUGAGCUUUUCACGUGGAAAACUCACGAGCUGCAGUACGUUUUCACUGGAUUCCAACCGCUAGUGGCGACGGUAUCGUGCUGGCAAGCUGGCACCAACACGUAUGACCCACAAGAGCUGCAUGAGGUGUGGACGCUUUCGUACACACUGCUGUUACGUAUCGUGCGUAACCACUUCGCGUCGCUUGUGAAUGAUAUUCCCCAUCUCGUUCAGGCAGCAAACGCACUACUUCAGCUGCUAGUGCUGACCUCUGCAAGAUCUGAUUAUGCGCAGUAUUGCUCGGAAUGGAGCUCGAACCUGGCACGUUUGUACGGAUACAUGAAGGAACACGACGUCCAGCUCCGAAAGCAUGUCGUUUAUCUCCUGAUGGCGUUCCUGCUGGGUGUAACUCGCGAAAAGCUGGUCGUACGAUAUCAGCAGAAGUUGCGACCCGGCGUCUUUGCAUUACUAGACGUGUGCUCACCGUACGAGAAGGAACAGCUAUUCAGUGCGUUGGAUUCCACUGGCAAGUCGUUGCUCAAGACUCUGGACACGAACUACAAGCUUACCCACCGCUACGUGGGCAAAGUCUAA